AUGAGUUUUAGAUUGAGAAAUACAUCAAAUAUACUAACGAAGGCUUCCAGCCUUGGUUUAACAAAGAUAGAUAGACAAAUGAUAGGGCCUUCAAUUUAUAUUCCUCUAUCUAAAAUUGCUAUAAAUAACUAUAAUAAUAGAAGGAGUUUUCAUCACCAAAGCUUACUAUGGAAUAAUAGUCAAAAGGAUAAAAAAGAGCUUUCUGAUAAAGAUCUUGAUGCCAUUAGAAGAGAUGUGCAGAAAUAUAUCGAAGAUUUACAAUCUAAAAAAAUAUCCUCCAAAGAAACUGAACGUAAAGAUGAUAUUAGUAAGAGAAUAAAAUUAUUAGAAGAAACAAUAUCGAAAUCAUCUGAGGAAACGAAUUCUCGUAAGGACGAAAAUUUAAACUCCAGAAACAACAACAACAACAACAACAACAACAACAACAACAACAAUAAUAAUCAUAAUAAAAAUAUCAACUUUGAUUCAAAUCCUGGGAAAAAAGAUGAUGAAAAAUUACGAAAAGCAUUUACUGAGGCAAACUCUACUUCAUCGAACAGUAAUGUUGCUAUAUUUCAACUUGGUUUAUUAUUUCUUUUCUUAUCAUUUUUAUUAGAUUCAUUUAGCUCUGGUGGUGAGAGUAAGGAAAUUUCGUGGCAAGAUUUUUAUUCUCAAUUAUUAAUGAAAGGAUUUGUUUCAAAAUUAACCGUUAUUAAUAAGUCAAUUGUUAAGGUAGAAUUAAAUGAAGGUGGUAAGAGUCAACUAAAUAAUUCUAACUUUGAUUACUAUUAUUUUACAAUUGGUUCAAUUGAGAGCUUUGAAAAUCAGUUAAAUGAGGCACAAAAUGAAUUGAAGGAUGCAGGCCAUUUAACCAUCCCAGUUAUAUAUACACAAAAAGGUAAUUGGGCAAAAGCUGCAUUACAGAUAUUACCAACACUUUUAUUGAUCUUUGGAUUUAUUUGGUUGACACGUAGAUCUGCUAUGAAUGCCACAGGUGGCCGUGGCGGAAUAUUUAGUAUGAGUAAAUCUAAGGCUAAAAAGUUCAAUACAGAAACCGCUGUUCAAAUUAGAUUUAACGAUGUAGCUGGUUGUGAUGAAGCAAAGGAAGAAAUCAUGGAAUUUGUUGAUUUUUUGAAACAACCAUCACGUUAUGAGAAGAUGGGUGCCAAAAUCCCUAGAGGUGCAAUUUUAUCUGGCCCACCUGGUACUGGUAAGACAUUGUUAGCUAAAGCUACUGCUGGGGAAGCUGGAGUACCAUUUUAUUUUGUAUCUGGGUCUGAAUUUGUGGAAAUGUUUGUUGGUGUAGGUGCAUCAAGGGUCCGUGAUUUAUUUAAGACCGCCAAAGAAAAUGCACCAUCAAUUGUAUUUAUUGAUGAAAUCGAUGCUAUUGGUAAAGCUAGGCAAAAGGGAAACUUUUCAGGUGCUAAUGACGAAAGAGAGAAUACUUUAAAUCAAUUAUUAGUAGAAAUGGAUGGGUUUUCAUCAACCGAUCAUAUUGUUGUAUUGGCUGGUACAAAUAGGCCUGAUAUUUUAGAUCGUGCCCUAUUAAGGCCUGGCAGAUUUGACAGACAUGUGAAUAUUGAUUUACCUGAAUUAGAGGGCCGUAAAGCUAUCUUUGGGGUUCAUCUUAAGAAAAUCAAAAUCGCAGGAACUAUCUAUGAUUUACAAAAUCGUUUAGCUGCCUUAACACCUGGAUUUUCGGGUGCUGAUAUAUCUAAUGUUUGUAAUGAAGCAGCUCUAAUUGCUGCUAGAUACAAUUCGAGUUUUGUUAAGUUAUCACAUUUUGAAAAAGCCAUUGAAAGAGUUAUAGGAGGUGUUGAAAGAAAAUCUAAACUAUUAUCACCAGAAGAAAAACAAAUAGUUGCAUACCAUGAAGCUGGCCAUGCAGUUUGCGGAUGGUUUUUGAAAUAUGCUGAUCCACUAGUAAAGGUGAGUAUUAUCCCAACAGGACAAGGUGCCCUAGGCUAUGCUCAAUAUUUACCAGGAGAUUUAUACCUAUUAAGUGAACAACAACUGCUAGAUCGAAUUACAAUGUCAUUGGGUGGCAGAGUUUCUGAAGAAUUACAUUUCCCCAGUGUUACUAAUGGUGCAUCUGAUGAUUUCAAGAAAGUUACUAGAAUAAUUACUUCGAUGGUAACUGAAUUGGGAAUGAGUCCCAAGAUUGGUUGGCUAAGUUAUAAGAAAGAUAACAAUGAAUCAGACCUCACGAAACCAUUUUCUGAAGAGACUGCAGACAUUGUUGACGCAGAAGUCCAACGUAUUACCAAUGAAUGCCACCAAAGAUGUGUUAAUCUUUUGAAAGAAAAAUCUGAAGCUGUAGAAAAAGUUGCCCAAUUGCUAUUAAAGAAAGAGGUAUUAACAAGAGAAGAUAUGAUUGAAUUAUUGGGUAAGAGACCAUUCCCCGAAAGAAAUGAUGCUUUCGACAAGUAUUUGAAUGAAAAACAGACAAAAAAGAUCAAGGAACAGGAAAGUAACAAAGAUCAAAACGAUGACAGGGAUAUACCAAGAACAUCCCAACCUGCAUUUUAA